AUGAAAUGAAAGUGUUAGAUUUUGGACAUCCAACAGCCCCAAGUGUAGCAAAAUCUGCAAUCUUUCACCCAAUUGUAGGAAUAUGGCAACCAUAUCUGCUACCACCCUCACCUCAUCAAUCGCCCCUGCCCUCAAAACAUUAACAAGGCUUGCAUCCCCACUUGCCAUUGGGUUGCCCACAAUUGCAAUGAAGGGAAAAGUGAUGUGUUCCACGGAGAAGAAGGGUUCGAUGGAGGGGAAUGUGUCGACGACCAUGGGCAUGAGUGCAUCAUUGCUGGCAGCAGCAGCCAUGUCAAGUCUCCCGGCCAUUGCUUUGGUGGACGACAGAAUGUCGACCGAAGGGACCGGACUUCCAUUCGGUCUGAGCAACAACCUUCUCGGGUGGAUCCUGUUUGGUGUUUUCGGCUUGAUUUGGGCACUUUAUUUUGUUUACACUUCUUCCCUUGACGAGGAUGAAGAUUCUGGGUUGUCGCUCUAAGCUAAAAUGACUCCUUUCAUUUAGUUGUAUGUUGUUCAUUGUGAUUAUCAUGUUCAAAGGGAUCAUGUUGUAAAACUCCACCUGAAUUGCCCCAUGUGUAAUAUAGUUCUAUAUUGUUUCUUCA